GACAACCACCCAUUAGUUGGUUGACUUUACGGUAACUAUUUUCACUGAGGAAUAACGACUGUGCACUGUGUCGUUAGGUUGUCCAUACUCUUUAUCUGAGUCGUAGCAUCAUCACGAACGACCCCCACCUGCGUCCGAGGGCAGGGGGAAUGUCAGCCUCUCAUCCAGACACCUCAGCGGGAGCACAAUCUGCGCUCCAAUAAAACAGCUUUUUGAGGCGAAAAGGAAAAAAAUGGAAGUAAAAGCAACAGCAGCAAACAUGUCAGCUCCAAGAGAAACGGGACUACGUGAAAACACACUCUUUGGGAUGGGCAAUCCCCUGCUUGACAUUUCAGCUGUUGUGGACAAGGAUUUCCUUGAAAAGUAUGGCCUGAAGCCCAACGACCAGAUCCUUGCUGAAGAAAAGCACAAAGCCUUGUUUGAAGAAAUUGUCAAGAAGAGCAAAGUUGAGUACCACGCUGGUGGUUCCACCCAGAACUCGGUGAAAAUUGCACAGUGGAUGAUCCAGAAGCCCCACAAGGUGGCCACCUUCUUCGGCUGCAUCGGCACCGACCACUUUGGGAAGAUCCUGAAGAAGAAGGCCGAGGAGGCCCACGUUGACGCUCACUACUACGAACAAAGCGAGGAGCCGACCGGUACCUGCGCCGCCUGCAUCACCGGAGACAACAGGUCCCUCGUUGCUAACCUGGCAGCGGCAAACUGCUACAAAAAGGACAAACACCUGGACCUGGACAGCAACUGGGAGCUGGUGGUGAAAGCCAAGGUCUAUUAUAUCGCGGGCUUUUUCCUGACCGUGUCCCCGGAGUCAAUCCUCAAGGUGGCCAAGCAUGCGUCCGAAAACAACAAGGUCUUCUGCAUGAACCUCUCAGCACCUUUUAUCAGCCAGUUCUUCAAGGAGCCCUUGAUGAAGGUCAUGCCGUACGUCGACAUCUUGUUUGGCAACGAGACGGAGGCUGCCACUUUCGCCAAAGAGCAAGGCUUCGAGACAGAUGACAUUGCAGAAAUUGCGAGGAAGGCACAAAACUUGCCCAAGGAGAACAAGAAGAGGCAGCGAGUGGUGGUCUUCACCCAGGGCAAGGACGACACAGUGGCAACUGUUGGUGAGAAGGUGACCAUGUUCCCUGUUCUGGACAUCGACCAGAAUGAUAUUGUGGACACAAACGGUGCAGGAGAUGCCUUCGUGGGAGGAUUCCUCUCUGAGUUGGUCCAAGAGAGGCCAUUGGAGAAGUGCAUCAAGGCUGGACACUACGCGGCCAACGUCAUCAUCAGACGGGUCGGAUGCACCUUCCCAGAGAAGCCGGACUUUCAUUGAUGUGUGUGAGCACUCUGCAUUUCCGGGUCUCUCCUCAAGAUACUUGUUAUAUGUCUAUGCCUCAUGUGUUUGGUUUUGUAUCUGCAAUAACACCAUGGGAAUGAGUCUGUGUCGGAGCUUGAAUGCAUUUGCAAACUUCAGUCGGCGACCCAAAACUGUCGUGUACAUUUUAAACAUUGCACUAGCUUCAUUGUCCACUUGUUGAAAUUAAAUGGUCUUAUCAUUCAGUGGUAAUGGUUUUGGAUUUGGCAACACAACUGACAAUUUUUUUUUUUGUGCCCUGCAAUUAUUGUACAGAAUUGUAACUGGUCAAAAGCGGGAGAUGUUUGUAUGUAAUUCAACAAAUAACUCAAAACUUCUCAUAUAUAUAGACAAAUGUGACUGUUUUAAAAGCAUUGGCUACAAGUUUGUCGCCAUCAUUAUUUAUUUUAAUCAACUAGAAGCUCCAUCAUACUAAUCGUUUUGUGAUUCUGUCAACCCUUUGGACAUCUUAACCCUGUCAUGAACAGCAGGGGUCCAGGGCCAACCUGGCACCCUGGUUCAACUCGGUAAUCUCCACAGGGAGCUCAGAGGAGUCCUGGCGAGACACUUGCAGAGUCUGGAUCUCCGUUGCAUGGCUGUAGAAGGUUUAUUUUUCCCGGUUGAGGGAUUAAUGGUUGCUCCUCAUGGUGAUCCUUAGACGGACCUGAAAAUUAGGCUGAUCCUUCGUACCCAGCUGUGCCGUCGCUGGGGGUUGGAGGCGAGGAUCACAGAGGGGCCCCUCCCACCCCCCCUCCCUUUCCCACUAAGUACAGGCUAACAAAAGUGUUGGGGCAGUGUAUCUCAAAAAGCAAUUUACCACUCUGUUCUUGCAAAGAGUCUAAUUACCAGCUCAAUGGGUUGCAACUCCAGAAAACAACCUGCUCGGUACUUCUUUUCCUUUAUGUCUCCGCAUUACUAAAUGUCAGGAGGAAUCUGUUCAAAGACUCCCUGUGUUUUCAGUAAUACAGUGGAGUUUAUUCAUUUAUGCUAGUAGGGGGCAUCUAGGUGAAAAUAUUCUGCAGCCAAAAUGUUAUUAACAACUUUGAGGCACUUUUUUUUUUCAUCAGCAUUUUUAAGGUUUCACACAGAUGCGCUUUGAAAAGGACCACAUUUCUGACUGGGCAAGAUCACACUCCAUGGCAGCUGGUUCAUUGGCUUCUCAAGAUGACAGAUGGCAAAACACAAACACAAAAAAGAGAGAGCCGUGAUUAACUAAUGAGAAUGCGUUCCACUAUAAGGAAACUGCUAAAUAUACUUUUUGCACUUUUCCUUCUUAACGGUUUCAAGAUGGGAAAAAACAAAACGGUACAACCAAAACGUUCCAGUUUCAGCGCACAAAUUACAUUUUUGGUUCUUUUGUUUUGUUUUUGUUUUUGUUUUGUUUUUUUGUUUUUUUUCUCCAAGCAUAGGAAUACAACACAUUUUGAAUACAUUAAUUCUCAGUUUGUUUACAUGGAGGUUUGUCCGGCGCAAGUAUCCAGAGGAAGAAAAAAAAAUAAAAAGAAGAAGAAAACUAUUACUGCGACUACAUAGUAAUUGUCUUCACUUAUAGGUUUGUGACUAAUAUUUGCUCCUACAAUGCGGGCCAAAGGAGUAACUGGGGGGCCGGCCAGUGUGUUGCCCUGCAGAUGGGCAGCAGUGUUUGUGAACACCAGUGUGGCAGUUGGCAGGGAUUGAGUAGGGGGAUGGGCAGGCUGCAAUGGCACAUGCUCCAAUUCAAAUUAUCCCUGGACCCAUGCAGCAGCGGAGGACCUGCUGGGGCCCAGGGUGGCAUUUAUUAUAUCUACACACAAGAGUGUUUGGUCACCGACUCCACCAUGACACGAAUCCUCAACAAGCCUAUCGGCCAAAUCCUCUUUGUUCACAUUUCCUGUCGCUCGCGCACUCACUCUUGUUAUUACAUAGACACAUAUUACAACUGCCUGGAUGUUAGAACUGUAUUUGUCACUUAUGAGAUUAAAUAAAUAUA